AUGAUUACUUGGGUUGUUUUUAAGGGAGCAUUCUUGGAAAAGUAUUUCCCGACUGAUGUGCGUAGCAAGGAAGAGGUAGAAUUCCUUGAACUUAAGCAAGAAAACAUGAUUGUUGCAGAUUAUGCUGUCAAGUUUGAGGAAUUAUCUAGGUUCUGCCCUCACUAUAAUGGGGUGAAGGCUGCAAUGUAUAAGUGUAUCAAGUUUGAGAAUGAACUGCGCCUAGAGAUUAAAAAAUUUAUUGGUGUUAGUGACAACAUAAAUGUUAAUCAGAAUCGUGGGAAGCCUUAUGUAGUUGUUGAUGGUAAAGGUAAAUACAAGUUCAAGAAGAAGAAUAAUGGUGAGAAAAGUCAAAGUGUGGGAGGUUCUCCAACUCCUCUAAAGUAUUUCAAAUGUGGGGUUCUUGGUCAUCAUGUUGUAGAGUGUUCUAUAGUGAUUUGUUUCAAGUGUGGAAAGGCAUGCACACAAUGUCAGAACCCUAAGAAGACUCAAGAUGUCAAGUAUAGUGGAAAAAUGUUUGCUCUCAAUGGUGCAGAGGCCUCCAAAUUUGAUAGUCUUGUUCGUUGUACUUGUUUCAUCAAUAACAUUAAUUUAAUUACUAUCAUUGAUAUUGGUGAAACACAUUCCUUUAUAUCUACUUAUCAUGUGAAGAGAUCGAGUUUUGUGGUGUCUGAUAUGAAUGUCAACAUGGUUAUCGAUAUUUUGGCGAAUGGAUCGGUGACUACUUCUUUAGUUUGUUUGAAGUGUCCUUGA